AUGGAAGCAAUCCAACGAGAACAAAUUCGAAGACGGGCACAAUACGUGAUUCAGUCGCCGAGAAGAACACAUCUUGGUGGAUAUCGUCUCGAUCCAUUCAUCUCAUAUCCUAUACCUGCCACAUCUUGCGUGCAACACACCGUGGACUAUUUCGUUCAGACGUGGGCUCAUCAACAACCCUCCAUUUAUCAUAAUAGUCGCUACCAGAAUGAAUUGAUCGAACUUCUCUUUCCGUUUGCUCUCCAGCAUGAUUUGCUGUUUGAAUCCCUUAUUAGCGUGGUGAGGGCAUCCCGUCUCUUGAUCCAGGGAGCGAAUCCUGCUUCUGACAAGGUCUUCCUCCAUCAUCGAGGAAUGGCUUUGUCCAAGUUACACGACCGGGUUGGAUCGCCUGAUAAGUUCUGCGACGAUGCGGCGAUGAUGACGGUUGGUAUUCUCCUGACCAUCGACUAUAUAAUGAGUGAUUGGUCCUCGGUCGGAGUACACUACGCCGCGCUACAAUAUAUGGCUCGAAUUCGCGGGCCCGUGGAAAAUGGAGGCGACAUGUACGACAUGAUAAGAGUCAAUAUGACAGGCUAUGAGGGCAUCGCAGCACACGGAAAAGCUCAAUUGGCAGCGACAAGAUCCCCCGUGGAAGAACCACAGCUGGAAUACCCUAGGCACCCUUUUUCCGCUGAAUUAUGCAUCACCAUCGCCAAAAUCCCUCAAGGGUUCAGCGAACUCGCUUUGGGCGGCUCUCUUUCGACGCCCAUGAUCAACCUCCUGGCAAAAAUUUCGACAGCCACGGGGUAUUCAUCCGACAAGGACGCGCCGUCCAAGGUGGAGCGCAACAUCACCUACAACCUGUCAGAUGUCACCAAUGAAAUUAAUCUUCUCUCGCCCCUCCCAUUGAGACCAUUCGAGAAAAAGCUCUGCUAUGGCCUCGUCUCGUACUGCUGGACAUUCCAUAUGGCGAAGGCUUUGUCGGCGUUAUUUCGCUCGGUAGUCCAAGACGCUGUCGAUACGUUCAUUGCACAGCACGACAAAGUCAUCCGAGAUAUUUCGGAACGGUAUUGUGUCAUAUGGCUGGCUUUUGCAAUCACUGGAGCAGGACAGCAAUGCGAACGUCCAGCAGAGAAUGUUGAUCAGGUUCUCGAUCUGAUGUUGAAAACAUAUAAGGAGAUGAGGGAGUGGGAACAACUUCAGGAGAUUUUGCAUCUAUUCUUCUGGGAAGACGAGCUGGGCGCGAGAUGGAAGGCUUAUUGGGAGUCUGCUAUGGUUCGAUUCAUUCUACCCGAAAUCUGA